GUCCCGCCCCUUUUUCUUUGUUAUUUAAAGAAGCAAAAUGCCAACGCGGACCUCUGUUCUGUGAGCUGUUCUGUGGGAAGGAGGACCGUUCUGCUGCCAGAGAGCUGUUAUCAGAAAUCGGCCAUGAUGCUGCUGAGUUCACUGGCGUACCUGUACUUCCUGGCUGCCGCUGCUCUUGCCGUCCCUGCUCAGGAGAAGCGGGUCCAUCACCAGGCCGGUCUGAGCGACCACGUCCACGACGACAGUCAGAACUACCAGUAUGACCAUGAGGCCUUCCUGGGCAAAGAGGAAGCCAAAACAUUCGACCAGCUGACCCCUGAGGAGAGCAAAGACCGACUGGCGAAGAUCGUGGACCGGAUCGACACGGACAAGGACGGCUACGUCACCCACCCAGAGCUGCACCAGUGGAUCAAGCACAGGCAGAGGAGGUACAUCGAGGAGAACGUCAACAAGCACUGGAAGGACUACGACGAGAACCGGGACGACAAGAUCGCCUGGGAGGAGUACAAGAACACCACCUACGGCUACUACCUGGGUGAGGAGUUCAGUGACGUUGAGGACAAAGACACGUAUAAGUCCAUGCUGGCCCGGGACGAGAGACGCUUCAAGGCGGCCGACAAAGACCGUGACGGCAUCGCCACGCGCGAGGAGUUUACUGCCUUCCUGCAUCCUGAGGAGUUCGACUAUAUGAAGGACGUAGUGGUGCAGGAAACUAUGGAGGACAUCGAUAAGGACGGUGACGGAAAGAUCAACCUAUACGAGUAUAUUGGUGACAUGUACACAAUGGAGGAUGGCGAGUCGGAGCCUGACUGGGUCCAGACUGAGAGGAAACACUUUGGAGAGUUCAGAGACGUCAACAAGGACGGCUACCUGGAUGCUAACGAAGUGGCCCAGUGGGUUCUACCAGGAGAGGUGGACCAUGCUGACAACGAGGCCAAGCACCUGAUCCACGAGACCGACACAAACAAGGACGAGAAAAUCACCAAGAAGGAAAUUCUGGCCAAUUGGAACAUGUUUGUGGGCAGCCAGGCGACCAAUUAUGGUGAAGAUUUAACAAAGAAACAUGACGAACUUUGAUGAAGUGUCCUUUGGACGUUUGGGGGUGGGGAAGAAGGGUUGGUUAGACUAGGUUCACUUAAGUCUCUAAAGUUUUGACUCUUCAUUAUGCGGCAGUCUUGGUUAAUCAUGCCCCUUUAUUCAUGUAUGGAAGGUUUGCAACUAGAGAUGCACUGAGGAAUCAGCAGAUAUAAGCAGUAACCUGCUGGUCACUCAAAAAUCCUGCUUUUUUUUUUUUUUUUUUUUACCCUGAUCAGGGAUUGAACCUUGCUAAGCACUACCAGGUCUCGUUGAUGCUCUUUGUUGUGGAUGUAGUUACUGAGAGAAGACUCAAAGUGCUUCUCACGUGUUCCUUAUGUGAGAAGCAGUUCUCACAUAAGGAACAUGUGUUUAUGUUUUGAAUUAUUGCCAACUUGAAGAAGGAGCUGGCAGUUUGAGCAGAUAACAGGAAGGCUGCACUAGUAAAGCAGUGUUUCUGCUCAUGUUGCAGAACAUGCUGGCUUUUGAAAUGUUAGCAAGCUUUUGGAAAUCUCAGUGAUCAGGUAAAGAAAUGCAUUCUCUAAAGAAAAGACACAGAUGGUUGUUUUCUUGCUAGUUUUCGGCAUGAGAUGCAAAAACACACUAAAUGUGAAUUCUGUCUUCUUACAACCCUGUUUUCUAGGAACUGUUCUGUCAGUGUGACGUUGCCUUUGCAUGUUCUUAAUGACUGCUCAUGGCAGGAAAGCUAGAAAAACACAUUAUUAAAUUCUGUUCUUACAGUUAAACUCAAAAUUAUUCAUACCCUUGUCAGAACUUUCAGGGUAUUUUUUCCUGAAAUGAAUUGAGCAGCUUGUCAGUAGAUGAGCACAUACUCAGCAUGAGGAAAACAACUCAAACCAGUCGACUGUCCAUCGAUGCUACGUGUUCAUCCAGGAGGAGAGGAUGCUGCUGGUCAAUCUGCUGGGUUUCCUUGAAAACUGUUCAAAUAACAAACUGAACUUGGCUGCAUUGUUUGACCAGAAUCAGAUCAGAAUGUCUACUUGAUUUGCCAAAAAAAAAAAAAAAGUCAAUUCAGUCCAAUCACACAGACAGACUCAAAGGUCUUGAGGUGAUAUGUUGUGAAUUGGUGCCAUUGAAUUGAAUCAAUGUUAACGAUAAAGGUGGUACCAGUUUGGGUGAAAAAGUCUGACCUUUUCACAUCUUAAAAACUUUUAUCCUUCUCAAAACCUGGAAAAUCAUCAUUUCCAUUACAGCAGUCAGACCCAUCUUAUAAAAACUGAGCAGCUUUUUGCAUAUUUUGUCUAAUAAUUGUUGAUGAGCUGAAAGGCUUUAGAGUUGGACAGUUUACUGACCUUCACCAUCACCUUUAACUCCCUUCAUAGAUUCUGUCAGUGCUGCCUCUCUGGCUGGGCCGCUACAAAAUAUUAAUAUCACCCCCAAUCAGAUGAAACAUGUUAAUAAAAUCCCCAAAAUACUGUUCCUCCUGGAAGAAACCUUCUGCCAGGAGUAUGAAUAAUUAUGGUCUUAACUGUAUUCCUUCCUUGAACGACACAUGAAAUCUGUCUCUGCAUUCUGAUUGGUGCAUCUCUGCUUGUAGCUUCCAGACCCGUGCUACAGGAAGCAGUCACAUACUGUGUAUGUCAGGACGGUAAUGCUGAAAAAGAGGCUGAGUGGAUUCUAAUAGGAAGCAAUAUUCAGAAGAGAGGAAAUAAUUUCUAUUAAAAUGUAACUUGAACAAGUUAAGCCAUUAAAAAGGGCAGAAAUUGGAGGGGGGGAAAGAGGUCAAUGAUGGACUUUGUUACAGAAUUUUUAUAGUUUGACAAUUAAAGUCUUUUUGUACAAAUA